CGUACGUGGGAGAGUUUUUGACCGAGGGAGGGUGUGAGGGCGACGGGGGGGUCCGGUUACCGUUUGUUUCAUUUUUAGACAGGGAACUUCUCCCCGUACUGUAGCACACACACAGGCGCAUUUCACGGUGCUGCUUUUCUCCGUAAAAGUACAGCCAGUCCUCCUCACUGGACAGACAUGAUGAGCAUCGAAACGCUCCUGGAAGCUGCCAAGUAUUUGGAACUACAAGCCCAGCAUCAACAACAAAGAGCACGUGAGAAUGAACUGAAGGAGAAGCUCCGCCUGCAGCAGAAGACGGAGUAUAUUCACCCUGAUGGGAGCUACACCCCAACACCCCACAUCAACAAUGUUUCUAAAGCAGAAGAGCCUUGCACUGAGUCCCGCCCGGCACCCGUGCCACCCUCCCUGCCUCCCCCUUCCGUGCCUGUCACAGUCGACCCUCUCCCCGUCGUCACCCCCAACCCUGCAGCUCCACCCACACAGCCCAUGGCCACGCUUUCACCUCCAGCUGCUCCUUCACUUGCCUCCCCUCAGAGAGACCAUCACGCCCCUCACGAGCAAAGCGCUGCAGCUGCGUUGUGCUCCCCACCACCCAAAACGGACCACACGGCCUCUAAAGUGACCACCAACCACAGGCAGAACCACCACCAUCACCCACAGCUCGCUGACCCAACCAGCAACAUUAAACCACUUCAGCAGACACCCCAGCCGCUGGUUCGGUGCUAUCCUGGUUCAGUCAUCUCAGUCCCACAGCACCACGCCUUACUGCCCCAUCCGGGCCCUGCACUUCAACCUGCUCCUCUUCAGAACGGCCCCAUCAGCCAGGGCAGUCCUCCUGAUGACAGCCGCCAGCUGGACAACAAGAAGAGGCCGGGGGGGGCGGGCACGAGAGAAGUGCACAACAAGCUGGAGAAGAACAGGAGGGCUCACCUGAAGGAGUGCUUCGAGACGCUGAAGAAGAACAUCCCAAACAUCGACGAGAAGAAAACCUCCAACCUGAGCGUGCUGAGAAGCGCUCUGAGAUACAUUCAGACACUGAAGCGUAAAGAGAAGGAAUACGAGCACGACAUGGAGCGACUGGCCAGAGAGAAGAUCGCCACCCAGCAGCGGCUGGCGGAGCUGAAAAACGAGCUGAGCCAGUGGAUGGAUGUCAUCGAGAUCGACAGAGUCCUCCGACAGACGGUGCAACCGGAGGAGGACCAGGCUUCAACGUCCACAGCAUCAGAGGGUGAAGACGUGAUGGAGGAGGACCUGGAUGAAGAGACGACACACAGAGCACCAUCCGCCUCACCCCCUGCACCUCAUAAUAUGAAACCUGAGCUGAACAAAACUGCAGCACAGAGUCCAACUCCACCUGCAGCAGCUGCUGUCUCUACCUCCAUCAUCACUCAGCGCAUCAUCCCAAACAGAACCUCUCUGCCACCUUCAGCUCCCACAUCCACCCCUCAGCCACCCAUCUUCACCCAAACACCCAGUCUACAUCCUACAGUCAUCGCCCAUGCUUCAGUGUCCCACCCUUCGGUCAUUCAGACACUGAACCACAUCAUCCACAGAGGGGGACCUAAACACGUAGCCCACCUGGCUCCUUCCACCACCUCCACCGGCUCUGUGCAGCUGGCCUCCACUCAUCACCCCAUCAGCCACAUCACUGUACACCCAGUGGCUCACCUGAGCCCCCAUAUACCCGCCCUAUACCCCCAACCAGUGGCUGUUACCCAGCCGGCUGUGGUGGGUCACAUCACUCACACUCUAAGCCACGCCCACAUGAACGGCACAUCUCCAACCCAGGCGGCCGCCGCCAUCGUCGGUAAGCAGGGAGUGGUGAUGGCACACCACCCGCAGCUAGUAGGUCAGGCGGUGCUUAACCCCGUCACCAUGGUAACCAUGCCCUCCUUCCCCAUCAGUACUCUGAAGCUGGCCUGAGCUUUGGCAUCAGAACUGCAGGACACAAACAGGAAGAGGUCCAGGUCAGGGGGUGGGUGGGAGCGCCACCAUCAUUCAGACACAGUGAACAAAAACCUGAAGAUGUGACCCUGAAGUGAGGAGGAAGCAGACUGGGGGCAGACGGGCCGUUUUAAAGCCUCACUACUUGUUCAGACGGAGGCACUGGUUUGACAGAAACAUGCAGACAGAGCCGGAUCAGAGUUGGACCUCCAGUCUGCUGAGACUGAUGUAGCGCAGCUCCUCCUCCCCGGACUGGAACUAAAUCACGGACCGGACUACAAAACCUCCCCGCCCCACUGGAGGUGCCGUCAUCGGUGAUGUGCACGGAGUAACAGCACCACCUCCUGACUGUUUCUAGUCAACAUACCAGUGAGGGGAAAAUGUUCAGACAUGUUGAAUUACCGUACGGUUCUGUCGGGUUCAUUUUGACAAUCUAAUUUCCCUCCUGUUACCUCAAACCAAACAAACUGGUGACUAACAAACAGUGAAGGAGAAGGGCCGAGUUCUCCACGCUGCUACUAGAUUAUUAUUUUUUGCCAAAUGAUUUAUUUCACAUUAACACUCAAAGGGAGGUUCAGAUGAUUUUCAGAGUCUGAGAUAAAUUUAGGCUCAGAGUUAAAAACACGUUUAGAUUGUGUGAAUAUUAGUACAAACUGGUCCAUAAUAUCUGUUGUGUAUUUGUAUAAUGUGCUUGUGUUCAGUCCUCAGAGUGU